AACCACCAAUAAAUCUGCAAAGUAACUUUUAACUAAAUAUGUAAAAUAAAUGUAGUAGAGUAAAAGUAUAAGUAGCAUAUUGUGAUGUGAAAGUACAGAAGUUAAGUAACUCAAUGUUUUGCUUAAUACAAUACUUGAGAGAAUGUACUUAGCCACUUUACACCAGUGCACAUGCAAUAUGCUGAAAGUAUGCUAUCAAUUAUAUUUUGACAUUGAAAAAGAAAUAUUUUUAAAUGCUGUCUUUAAUGCUUGUCUUACAUUUGUGUUCAGUAUGACACAGGAGAAGCUGAGCACAAUGAUCAAAGUAGUUUAAAAAAACUUAAAAAAUAAAAAUAAUGCAACCUUGUUUUUAAAUGGCAGUGCCGGUGAAUACAUCUGACAGUGGUAAAGAAUAAUUUGAUUUUCCAACACUAAAGCAACGUCAGAGGGAAAUCAAUAUAUGAAUGAAGGCUGAACUGGUGGCAGGAAUGACUGCUAGACUUAAUCACAAAUGGCCUUCAUUAAUACAGGACGUGUAUCAGCCUCGAUUGGCAGCCAGAGAGAAAUAGCCAUAGGUAGCUUUGACUCAUAAUUGAAUUUUAGGAAUAUAUGUAAUGUCACUGCACUGCUCUAAGGUCUCCUGUCCUGGAGUUCAUCUGCCGGAUAAGGAUGAUAUCUGCCUCAGCAUGUGCUUCAUGGGUCAGUCCCAUCAGUCUGAGAGUCUGCCCGCUGUCUUUCCUCUGCUGCUCCAUGAGAAGAUGACCUUUGAAAAGAUUUUCAGGAAUGCAGUGGACCCUGGAGACAUCGCGGUGAUGCUUGAGUAUGAGACGGUCAUGAUUGAGCUGGUGCAGCUGAUUCCUCCAGUGGCGGAAACACUGGCCUGCUUUGAAGAAGAUGCUCGACACUUCUUAUUCCCAGAGCCCAAACUAGUUCCCUCCUCCUCUGGAGUGGAUCGAGAGGUUCUGAUGACCCGAGCUCAUCACUUUCCAGGUAUUGCUCCAAGGUUGGAGUUCUCCACCAAAACCACCAUCAUCGAGUGCCCGGCUGAUGCACAGAUGACCAUUUACCCCAAUGUUCCCAUGAGACCACUGAUGAAGAGGAACAGGAAACCCUCCAGCAGACCCAGGAGCUGCUCUCCUCAGAGGAGACAACCUCCAGCCCUGGGAAGGAGACAAGGUUUCAGAGUUUGCAGAGAUAGGUCAACAUCCUUCAUCCCCAGAACGCAGUCCCUGUCCCCUCACACACAGCGCCUGGCCCGGAUCAGCCUGGACUUGGACGACAAGGACCCAAGCAGGGCCUCCCAGCAUACGCUGUCUUCAUGGCCUGGAGCCAGUGGAUCUGCCCCACGCUCUGGAGUGUUUACCAGCUCCUCUUCACCUUUGACCAGGUCCUCAUCCAUUGUGAGAUAUUCUCCAACUCUGAGAAGAAGGUCCUUAUCCAAUGGUUUGGUUGGAGGGAUAUCACAAGAUGACCCACCUGACUCCUACCAAGGUCCUGACCCUUCAGGAGUGUGGCGUUCAUAUAGGGAACCAGCCAGGCACAGCAGGACUCGAUCCAGCUCUCACAGAGAAUGGGAGGAGGUCCAGGAGCGUGUUCGGGGACUUCUUACAACAUCUAAAGCUGUUAGCCGACUCGCCCUUGGGGCCACACACUGCGAGGUAGACCACGUUUUAGCCAGGAGGUCAAUCUCUCCAGGUCCACCACUAUGACCCGGCCAGACUCUGCUGCUCUGUGUUCCCAUUGUCUUAUUGAAUAUUGUGUUCGGAAUGAAUAUGGCAACAAUUACUCUUAACAAACAGUGCAGGUUGGCCUUGUCUUAAGCUCAACAUCCACUCCUGAAGUUCUUCCCCGUGCUGUGUAGGCUGCAGUUAGUAGGAUGUAUGAGCAGGAUGUACAUGGACUGUAUGUUUGCACAGUUACUGUCAUGAUCUGUGUGUGUUUUUCAGUUUUAUUUUUGAAAAGUUUUCACUCUGUCGCUGUGUUUUCUCUCCUGUUUGAUUACCUGACCCUGUCCUGAUUUGUUCUGUGUUUACAAUAAAUAACCUUUAUUUAA